AUGCCCUCCGGAAGCCGAUGCGGAAUACAUCACUAUCACCGCGUCGACUCUCGUUCGCCUGCAUCCAUUCCCUUAUCUCUAACCUCUGGGCAAUCCGCAUCCUCAGCCAUCUUUGAGCGCAACAUCGAGCGGAUCACAUCCGCCGCCCUCUUGCCCACCGCCGACCCGCAGCGCGUCUCGCGCGGCAGGUACACCGAGCAGCUCGAGCAGUCCGUGCCGUCGGUGCUUGACAGCGCUGCGGCCAUCCUCGCUGCGCCCGAUUCCCAGUACGACGACUUUGAUGGGGUCUCCAUCAUCACCCCCGCCCCGCCCGACAGCGGCUACCACAGUGGGUUCGCGAGUCCAAGCAGCCGCUGUGGAAGAGAAAACCGGCCUAGUGCCGGAUCGACGCGCGGCGUCAUCAUUCUGAGUCUCAUAUCCUCUUGUUCUCAUCGUACGCAGGCGCAGAGCCCCGCCCCAAUCGCGCCUGUGCCGACCGUGCCUGGAACCCUGACGUCUGCAUACUACUCUGCGUCUGCCAUGCCCUCAGAGGCGUCGUCGCCGACGACCGCGACGCACCACGCGCACCCUCUGCGCUCGCUUCCUACCUCUCCUGCACCGACCUCGUUCCCGAACUCACCCGCGGCACCCCAGCCAAUGAUCAUUACCAUCCUUGCCCCGCUCGUCUCGCACCCGCCCUCGCACAAGGCAGCAGCCAAGCGCCUGCCUUUCCUCUCCUACAUGGUCCUCCUCUCCUCCACCCCUCCGGCACUGUUCCGCUACCCUCCCGUCAUCGGUCUCACACAGGCGCUGUACGCUGCGAGCUCAAGUGCGGGCAGCGUUCACGCUGCUAGCGUCAUGGAGCAAGACAUAGCGAGUGAGAUCGUGGACGACGUGGGCGGGGAGUGGGAGCACAAGGGGCUGAGGAGGGGGCUGGAGGAGCGACUCAAGGUACUGAACUCGAGUUCGCCGCCGGUCAUGCCCGCGAUAUCGGGGCGGGCGUAAUGACUAGGCUGACGCUUACGACUUGCGACGCCGGUGAUGUUCAUGCUUUCGAUCUU